ACCAAAAACAGGAAACAAGAAUACAGUAACGGAGAAAAAAUCUGAAAAAAAAAAGAAAAGAAAGAAAGAGAACAACAUUGGUUUGGUUAUAGAUGGGUGAUUCAGAUGAUCGCGAAACCUAUACCGUAGAUGAAGCACUUAGCAGUUUAGGUUUUGGAAAUUUUCAAAUCUUUGUUCUACUCUAUGCUGGGAUGGGUUCGGCGUCGGAAGCUAUGGAAAUGAUGCUGCUCUCUUUUGUUGGACCAGCUGUUCAGUCUACAUGGGAUCUCUCUUCUCAUGAAGAGGGCUUGAUAACUAGCAUUGUUUUUGCUGGCAUGUUGAUUGGUGCCUAUUCGUGGGGCAUUGUUUCAGAUAACUACGGAAGGAGGAAAGGAUUUCUCAUUACAGCAAUGGUUACUGCUGCAACUGGUUUUUUAAGUGCUUUUGCCCCAAAUUUUACUUCGCUGAUUAUUCUCCGAGGUUUGGUUGGUGUUGGCUUAGGAGGUGGGCCUGUGCUUUCUUCCUGGUUUCUUGAAUUCAUUCCUUCUCCAAGUAGAGGUACUUGGAUGGUAGUGUUUUCAGCUUUUUGGACUUUGGGCACCAUACUUGAGGCUUCUCUUGCUUGGUUUGUCAUGCCAAGAUUGGGUUGGAGAUGGUUACUUGCACUGUCGGCUCUUCCUUCGUCGCUGUUGCUUUUGUUUUAUUUUAUCACACCUGAAUCACCAAGAUAUUUGUGUGCGAAAGGAAGAAAAGGUGACGCACUUGCUAUUUUAGAGAAAAUAGCACAAGUAAAUGGAAGAAAACUUCCUUCAGGCAUUCUUGUUUCUGACCUCUAUAUUGAGCUGGGUGAGAAAUGCACUGCAUCAGAAGAUAAAGAGUUGAUUUCACCAAGAGAAAAUAAUAGCGAAAAUCCUGAAUGUAUGGAUACUCAUAAGGGUGGCGUCUCUUCACUUUUUAUGCUUCUUUCACCAGAACUAAUUAGGUCGACUUUACUUUUGUGGAUGGUGUUUUUUGGGAAUGCAUUCUCUUAUUAUGGGCUCGUGCUGCUGACCACAGAGUUAAACACUGGAGAUACUAUGUGCAAACAUACAGAAGAGCAAUCUAAGAAUCACAAGUCUGUUAGUUACAAAGAUGUUUUUAUUACGAGUUUUGCAGAGUUCCCUGGGCUCCUCCUAUCAGCCGCAACAGUUGACAAACUUGGUCGUAAGAUGUCAAUGUCAACAAUGUUCUUCCUCUGUUCCAUGUUUCUGCUUCCAUUGAUGUUUCAUCAGCCUCAGAGCUUAACAACAGGUCUUCUCUUUGGGGCUCGCAUUUGCAUUACUGCUACCUUUUCAAUCGUGUAUAUAUACGCGCCUGAGAUAUAUCCAACAUCAUUAAGGAGCACUGGUGUUGGAGUGGCGAGCUCUGUGGGGAGAAUUGGUGGAAUGAUAUGUCCUCUCGUCUCAGUAGGUCUUGUUCAUGGAUGUCAUCAAACUGUAGCUAUCUUUCUGUUUGAGUGCAUUAUAAUUGUUUCCGGGAUAAGUGUUCUGCUUUUUCCAUUUGAAACAAGAGGACGUCAAUUGAGAGACAAUGUAGCUUGUUCAACUUGAGGAAACGUAUUACUAUAAUUCAUUGCAUGGGCCACCUACUUUUAUUAUCAAAUUGCUUGUGCUGAAUUUUAUGUUAAAAUUGUUGUUAUACAAAUGACUCGUUCUGAAAACUGGAGCUGCAAUGCAGAUGAUGGUCAGAAAACUGGAACUGCAGUUCAGAAUUCAUCACACGAUUUUUUGCCCAGAAAUGUACUUUUUAAUUAUCAGAUUACUUGGGUGAUAUUUUGAAUUAAAAUUCUGGUUAUACUAAUGAAUGAUUCGGAAAGCAGAAGCUGCUAUGCUGAUUA